AUCUGAAGGACAGAAUUCAAGUCCUCUCUCAAAAAGGUUAAGGUCAUUCGACUGGAGGCGAAGCUUACGGAACGAAGUAGUUUUUUACGGGUCGCACAAAGAAAACGCUGUAAUUUUUAAAGAAAACAUAAUCACCCAAAUCCAUCUGAAAAUCAAGAAUAAGGAAUUUAAUUGACACGUGCUUUUUUAUAGUAGAGUUUAUAAGAAAUAUUCAAGUAAAGCUCGUAAAAAAAGAGAAUUUUAAGUUGUUUGACUUCGCUGUAACGAGUUACGCAGAAUCAUGUUUAGAUUAUUGACUAAACUGAAGCAUUCUCGCGGUUUUGCCACCGCUGCACUUCCUACUCCGGAAACGAGGCCUCCUAUUCUAUACACGGGUAUUUUUAUAGACAAUGAGUGGCACAAAUCGCAGUCUGGGAAAACCUUUCCCUCGGUCAAUCCAACAACUGGCGAAAUUAUCGCCGAGGUUCAGGAAGGAGAUGCAGCAGAUAUACAUCAAGCGGUACAAGCUGCAAGAAAGGCGUUCAAUAUAAAUAGCGAAUGGAGGACCAUGGAUGCAUCUCAUCGAGGAGUCUUAUUGAAUAAACUGGCCGACCUUCUUGAAAGAGACAGCGUCUACCUUGCGUCAUUGGAGACGUUUGACAAUGGAAAGCCUUACUCUACAGCCUACGGAUUCGAUGUUGCUUCGAGUAUAGGCACAUUAAGAUAUUGUGCCGGUUGGGCAGAUAAAAAUCAUGGCAAAGUGAUUCCAAUCGAUGGGAAGUACAUAGCUUAUACGAGACACGAGCCUGUCGGAGUAUGCGGACAAAUCAUUCCAUGGAACUUCCCUCUUUUAAUGAUGGCUUGGAAGUUGGGCCCCGCUUUGGCAACAGGGAACACAAUCAUCUUGAAACCUGCCGAGCAAACUCCAUUGACAGCAUUAUACUUUGCACAGCUGACGAAGGAAGCUGGAUUUCCAAGUGGCGUUGUCAAUGUUGUGCCUGGAUUUGGUAAUGCAGGAGCUACGUUGUCCUCGCACAUGCAAGUCGACAAAGUAGCUUUUACGGGUUCAACUGAAGUGGGCAAACUAGUGCAACAAGCUGCAGCGUCGAGCAAUCUGAAGAGGACUACAUUAGAACUGGGAGGAAAAUCUCCUAAUAUUAUUUUUAAGGACGUUGAUAUCGAUUACGCAGUCGAGAUGGCUCACUUCGGAUUGUUCUUCAACAUGGGCCAGUGCUGCUGUGCAGGAUCCCGAACGUUCGUAGAAGACAAAAUCUACGAUGAGUUUGUGGAGAAGAGUGCAGCUCGUGCCAAAUCCCGAACUGUCGGAGACCCUUUUGACCAAAAAGUGGAACAGGGGCCACAGAUAGACGAAGAGCAACUGAACAAGAUCAUGAGCAUGAUUGAGUCUGGAAAGGAGCAAGGUGCUAAACUGGUUCAAGGAGGUCAUAGAGUUGGUGAUAAAGGAUACUUCGUUGCACCAACAGUGUUCGCCGAUGUCAAAGAUGAGAUGACUAUCGCUAAGGAAGAGAUUUUUGGACCAGUGCAGCAGAUUUUGAAGUUCUCCGACAUGGAUGAAGUAAUGUCACGAGCAAAUCACAGUAUCUAUGGUCUCGCAGCAGCAGUAUUCACUAAAGAUAUCGACAAAGUUAACCAUGCUAUUCAAACGCUUCGUGCUGGCACAGUUUGGGUGAAUACAUACAACACAGUGACCACUCAGGCUCCAUUUGGAGGUUAUAAAAUGUCAGGCCAAGGAAGAGAACUCGGAGCGUAUGGACUCGAGCCAUACACCGAAGUGAAAAGUGUUAUUAUGAAGGUCACCGAGAAGUACAGUUAAGUGAAAUAAGCCUGUCGUAAAAUUACGGUAUUUGGUAAUCAGGUACGUCAUGAUUGACUUGGCCUGUUGCAUUUCUACUGAUUUUGUACUUACGUAAUGUAAAAGCAUUAUAUUGAACGAUGCAAAGAUACUGUAAAAAAAAAAGGAACCUGUCCCACAAAUGUUCAAGGACUCUUUAAACGCAGUUACAAUGCAUGGUUAAACAAGGUGUUUCAGGAAAACUAGCGAAAGGAGUGUCCUUAAAGUUUGUAUUCGUCAUUAGAAAAAUAUUUCUACAUAACAUCAUUAUCUUUAAACUCGUGACUUUCACUAUACCGAUAAGCUCUUGUUUCAAAUAAAUAUAAAUAAAUUAUA